AUGAACUUAACUGACAAGGAUCUUAAGCCAUCUUCUACAGUUUUCCAUGGAGUGGUGCCCGGUAAGUCGGCGUAUCCUGUUGGAAAGAUUGCCCUGGAAGUUGCCUUUGGUAACGACUAUGACUACAGAACAAAGACACUGUGGUUUGAAGUUGUCAAAAUCAAGAGCCCAUAUCAUGCCUUGUUUGGAUGGCCGACUUAUGCCAAGUUUAUGGACCGGCCUUGUUAUGUUUAUUUGCAGCUUAAAGUGCCAGGGCGUAAGGGCACAAUUACGGUCCAUGGUGACCGAAAAAUUGCUUUGGAGUGUGAGGAAGGUGAUGCAGCUUAUGCUGAGUCAACUUGUGCCACAGAAGAGCUUAAGUUUUAUAAGGACAAUGUUGACCCGGCCGAUAUGACUCCUUUGAAGAAACCCACUACUGAGCAGGACCCUCUGUUGAAGUUCCAGGCUGAUGACACUAAGAAGGUUGAUUUUGUCCCUGGCGAUUCGUCUCACUGUUCACAGUAG